CUAUACUGUUCAUCUCUUCUCCAGAUCACGAACGAGAUCGUUCGCCAGCUGAUGGAGAUGCGAGGCUUCUACUCCCUGGACAAGCCGGGCGACUUCUCCUUCAUCCAGGACCUCCGGUACAUCGCGGCCAUGAUCCACCCGGGUGGGGGCCGGAACGAUAUCCCGAACCGUCUCAAGCGUCAGUUCUCCAUCUUCAACUGCACCCUGCCGUCGAAUAGCUCUCUCGACCAGAUAUUCGGGGUGAUCUGCCGGGGAUACUUCUGUCGGAGCCGCUUCCGCAAAGCCAUGGUCGAGUUUAUGCCCACCCUUGUAGAGUUGACUAGAGUAUUCUGGCAGCGCGUCAAGUCGCGCAUGCUCCCCACCCCGGCCAAGUUCCACUACGUCUUUAACCUACGGGACAUCUCGCGCAUCUGGCAGGGCAUCCUGACGAUCCAGGACGCCGAGCUCAGGGACAAGACGACGGCGCUCAAGCUCUGGCGCCACGAAUGCACGCGCGUCAUCGCGGACAAGCUGACCACGGCCGAGGACAGGUUGUGGCUGGACGAGACCCUGAGCCACACUGCGGAGGAGCUCCUGGGCGAGGACUUCGCGCACUACAACACCGACGAGUGCUACUUUGUGGACUUCAUGAGGGAGGCGCCAGAGCCUACGGGAGACGAACCCGAUGACGCGUGUCUGGACCCACCCAAGAUUUACGAGGAAGUGCCCGACUUCGACUACCUCAAGAAAUGGUUGGUGUUCUACAUGGACGGGUACAACCAGACGGUGCGCUCGGGCUUCCUCGACUUGGUCCUGUUCCACGACGCCAUCAUGCACCUCUGCAUCAUAUCGAGGAUCAUCCGCGCACCGAGGGGCUCCGCUCUGUUGGUCGGCGUGGGCGGCUCGGGGAAGCAGUCCAUCACCAAGCUGGCGACGUUUAUCGCCGGGUACAAGUCGUACCAGAUCUCCAUCACCAGAACGUAUAACGUGACCAAUCUCCUGGAGGACCUCAAGUAUCUCUACAGACUUGCCGGCCUCGAGGGCAAAGGGGUGAGCUUCAUCUUUACGGACAACGAAAUCAAAGACGAAAGCUUCUUGGAGUACAUCAACAACGUGCUGAGUGCCGGCGAGGUCGCCAACUUAUUCCCCCGGGAUGAGAUGGACGACAUACUGGACCAGCUCAUCCCUAUUAUGAAGAAGGAGGACCCGAAACGGCCUCCGACCCGAGAUAACCUGAAUGCCUACUUCUUCUCUCGUGCGCGGGCCAACCUUCACAUUGUUCUAUGCUUCUCGCCGGUGGGCGAAAAAUUCCGCGCGCGCGCCCUCAAGUUCCCCGGACUGAUAUCGGGCUGCACCAUCGACUGGUUCUUCCGCUGGCCGAAGGACGCCCUCGUGGCCGUGUCGCAGCACUACCUCGCCAACUUCGACAUCGUGUGCACCCCCGAGGUGAAGGAGUCUCUGAUGGAGCUCAUGGGCGUGGUUCACGACAACGUGGCCGAGUGCUGCGCGUCCUACUACGAGAAGUACCGGCGGCAGACGCACGUGACGCCCAAGUCGUUCCUGUUCUUCCUGGACGCGUACAAGUCCAUCUACACGGAGCGUAACUCCACCAUCGCCGCCCUGCAGUCCAGGAUGAGCUCGGGCCUCAGCAAACUAGCCGAGGCCGUGGUGUCGGUGGAAGAAUUGCAGAAGGAGAUGCGCGUCAUGGAGAAGGACCUCGCCGUGUCCACGGCGGCCGCCAACGAUGUCCUGGCGGCCGUCACGGUCCAGGUCAAUGAGACGGAGAAGGUGAAGGCGGACGUGCAGGCGGUGGCGGCCAGCCAGCAGGAGCUGGUCGACGCCAUCGACGCCGACCGCUCUGUGGCCAACGAGCGCCUUGAGGCGGCCAGGCCCGCCCUGGAGGCUGCAGAAAACGCUCUCCUCACAAUCAAGGCCACGGACAUCGCGACGGUGCGCAAGCUCGCCAAGCCGCCGUACCUCAUCACGGUCAUCAUGGACGUCGUCAUGGUGCUGUUCGGCCGUCGUCUGGACUCCGUCAAACCUGAUCACGAGCGCCAGUUUAUGAUGCCCUCUUGGAGUGAGGCCCUUAAAGUCGUGGCCGACGUCAACUUCCUCAAGCGCUUGCAGCAGUUCCCCAAGGACAUGAUCAACGAGGAGACGAUCGAUCUCAUGGGCCCCUACCUGAACAACCCGCUGUACACGUUCGAGAAUGCCAAGACGGCGUGCGGCAACGUGGCAGGGCUUUUGCUGUGGACAGUGGCCAUGGCCCAGUUCUAUGGUAUCAACAAGGAGGUGUUGCCGCUCAAGGCCAAGGUUGCUGUGGCGGAGGCCAAGCUGGAGACCGCCAAGCGCAAGCUGGCCGAGGCCGAGGCCGUGCUCGCCGAGAAGGAGAAGGACCUCAACAUCCAGAAGGAGCGGCACGCCGAGGCCAUGGCCGCCAAGCAGGUGGUGCAGGACCAGGCGGACCAGUGCUCCGACAAGAUCAACCUGGCGCAGGGCCUCAUCGGCGGCCUGGCUGGCGAGCGCAUCCGCUGGCAGGAGCAGCUGGGUCUGUUCUGGUCCGAGAUCCAGCGCAACGUCGGCGACGUGCUGCUGCUCACGGGCUUCCUCUCGUACGCGGGGCCCUUCAACCAGGAGUUCCGCACCGUGCUGCAGCGCGACUGGCUGGACGAGUUGGUGCAGCGUAGGAUCCCCGUGUCGGGCAACAUCAAGGUCACGGACUGCCUGGCGGACCAGGCCACGACGUCCGAGUGGAACUUGCAAGGCCUUCCGAGCGACGAGCUGUCCAUCCAGAACGGUAUCAUUGUGACCAAGGCCUCGCGCUUCCCGCUACUCAUCGACCCCCAGGGCCAGGGCAAGGUGUGGAUCAAGAACAAGGAGAAGGACUACGAUUUACAGAUCACAUCACUCAACCACAAGUACUUCCGCAACCACCUGGAGGACUGCCUUGGCCUGGGGCGGCCUCUCCUCAUCGAAGACGUGCUAGAAGAGCUGGACCCUUGCCUAGACAAUGUGCUGGAGAGAAACUACAUCAAGAUUGCUAACUCUUACAAAGUUAAAGUAGGUGACAAGGAAGUUGAAGUGAACACAGCUUUCCGACUUUACAUUACAACCAAGCUUCCUAAUCCAUCCUACACUCCUGAAAUAUCUGCAAGAACUUCCAUUAUUGACUUUGCCGUAAACUUCAAAGGUCUUGAGGAUCAGUUGCUAGGACGUGUUAUAUUGGGAGAGAAGAGAGAGAUGGAAAUGGAGAGAAUUAAUUUAGUAACAGGCAUCACAGAAAACCGGAGAAAAAUCCAGAAUCUUGAAUCAAACCUCUUGCUAAAGUUGACAACUGUGCAAGGUUCUUUGGUUGAUGACCCAAGUGUGAUGGAGAUGCUUAAUGUUACAAAGAACACAGCACAAGAAGUCCAGAAAAAAUUGGCGGUAGCUGAUGAGACUGAGAAGAAAAUCAAUGCCGCUCGUGAGGAAUACAGACCGGUGGCUACUCGAGGUUCAGUCUUGUACUUCCUCGUUGUGGAAAUGGCCUCUGUCAACUGUAUGUAUCAGACUUCGCUUCUGCAGUUCCUUGAACGGUUUGACAUUUCAUUGGAGAGAUCCCAGAAAAGUCCGAUUGCUGCCAAACGCAUUGGAUUUAUAAUAGACUAUCUGACUCUGGAUGUGUUCCGCUUUAAGUGUCGAGGGCUCUACGAGAACGACAAGUUUUUGUUCGUCUUACUCAUGGCCCUCAAAGUCGACCUGCAGCGGGUGCACAUCACCUCGGAGGAGUUCCAGACCUUCCUCAAAGGCAAGGCGUUCCUCCCCGACCGCACCCUGGCCCAGUCCCGGAAAUACGUCAUGUCCUCUCUGGGGCCCCAGUUCGCCGAGCCCGUCAUCACGAACCUGGAGGCGAUGCUGGGCGAGUCGCGCCCGCUCACCCCGAUGGUGUGCUUCUUGUCCAUGGGCUCGGACCCCACGCCGGGCAUAGAGUCUCUCGCUAAGAAGAUGGGCACCGCCUGCAGGAACAUCUCCAUGGGCCAGGGCCAGGAGGUGCACGCGCGCAAGCUCGUGCAGAGCUCCAUGGAGGAGGGAGGGUGGGUGCUGCUCCAGAACUGUCAUCUGGGACUGGAAUACAUGGUGGAGCUUACACUCCUCCUAAACGAGACGGAGACCGUGGACCUCAACUUUAGGCUGUUCAUCACCACCGAGGUGUCACCCCAAUUUCCCAUCAGCUUGCUGCAGAUCUCAAUCAAGUUCACUUACGACCCACCGCAAGGUGCCCAAAUGCGUUACCACUUCAUUGCUUUCUGGGGCAGGAUUCGUGCCGGUCUCAAGUCGACGUACUCCAACAUGGACCAAGAGUUGCUGGAGUUUACGAGCAUGCCGCAGUGGAUCCCCCUGUUGUUCACAGUCUCCUUCCUGCACACCGUGGUUCAAGAGCGACGCAAGUUUGGGCCGCUCGGCUGGAAUAUUCCCUACGAGUUCAACUCGUCCGACUGGUAUUCGUCGACACUGUUUAUCCAAAACCACCUGGAAGACAUGGAUCCGAAGCGGGGCAUCAGCUGGAGCACGGUGCGCUACAUGAUCGGGGAGGUCAUGUACGGCGGCAGGGUCACCGACGACCUGGACAAACGCCUGCUCAACACCUUCGCCAAGGUGUGGUUCUCGGACAAGCUUUUCGAAGAGAACUUCCAAUUCUACGCGGGUUACCCAGUGGUCAAGUUCCCUCAAGUGGAGCAAUACCUCACCUACAUCGAGGAGAUGUCACCCACCGACCCGCCUAUGGCGUAUGGGUUGCACUCCAAUGCUGACAUCACGUACCAGACCAGCAUGACGACACGCACGCUCAGCACCAUCGUGUCGGUGCAGCCCAAGGAGUCGUCUGGCGGCGGCGGGGAUACGCGGGAGCAGGUCGUCACCAGGCUGGUGCAGGGCAUGCAGGCCUCGCUGCCCUCGGACUACGACGGCUUCCAAGCUGAAGGCGAUGAACCACCUGGCGCCCAUGAACAUCUUCCUGAGGCAAGAGAUCGACCGCAUGCAGAAGGUCAUUAG